AUGCCUUCGCGUCGCAGUCAUACAAAGUCCCGCAAGGGCUGUCUUCAUUGUAAACGAAGACAUGUCAAGUGCGAUGAGGGAACUCCGAAAUGUAGUCUGUGCAGGAAGCGCAAACUCGAAUGCAUAUAUCCGCCCCCGAGUGCUGAUGCCGAUGGUCAAUAUCCAUCUACUCCCCAAGAUGGGGUGGAGACCAUGUCAAACCCCACCGAACUGCCAUUGCCGAUGCGAAUGGUUGAGAUGCGACUGUUCCAUCACUACCUGACAGAGUCUUAUAUCACCAUGUGUCAAGGGAACUUGGAUGCUAACCAUUUUCAAUCCAUCGUUCCGCGCAUGGCCAUGUCGCAUCCGUACCUCAUGGAUAGUCUUCUAGCAUUCUCGUCUCUGCACCUGGCUUCGCUUGAGGUGGACGAGAAACGUCAAUGGUUGGAAACGGCCCUCAUGUACCAAAAUCGAGCGUGCUCGGCCUUGGGCCAGGUUUUGGCGGGUUUCUCGUUGGAGAACUGCGGCCCGGCCUUCAUCAGCUCCAUCUUCAUUAUGCUAUGCGCAACGGCAUACCCUUGUAUCUCUCAAGAUAGCCAUACGAUUGAUCCUCUCGCUCAUAUUGUGGAAACCCGUCAGUUGAUUGCCGGUUGCUCCUUUCUGUUCCAGCAGCUUGGUCAAGCGGAGAAUCUGGGCGAGAUGAAAGGAUGGUUACAGUAUACCGACCCCGAUAAGCCUGGGGCAGCCAACGAGCAAGAACAGAAGCCGGACUCGGAACUUGUGCGACUGCGCGGCGAGCUUUUGGGCUCUCUAGAUCGAUUCCGAGGGAACAUUGACCGCACAGAAGAGCCCCAUAAGGCUGCGUACCUGCAUACCUGGGAAUUCCUGCAGGCGGCGGUCAAGCAGUGGCCUUUCGGUGGUCCCAAUGGGGGUAUAUUGGCGUUCCCGAUCAAUAUCGGUGAGCCAUACAUCGAACUGCUGAAGAACGAAGAAUGGUUGGCUCGCAUCUUGUUUCUGCACCACGGAGUCAGUAUGCACCUCAUCUCCGACAAGUGGUUUGUCAGAGACUGGGGGCGACGCCUUGUAGCUGCGAUCCUACAAUCUCUGGAAGAAGCUCCGGCCGAGUGGAUCGACACUCUCGCAUGGUCCCGGCAGGCUGUGGGCCUUGACUCGAAGUAA